CGCAACAGCAGAUAACAACGAAACACAAAUACACAGACAGGCCAGCUCCAGAAAGUGCACUUCAACUCUCUCUCUCUCUCUCUUCAAUUCUGUUUCCCUCUCUCACUUAACUGCCCCCCCUCUGCUUUCUCUUGUUUCUUCUACCCAGCUAAUUAAAUACAAUCAAGAAACGACCCUUAUAAGAAAAUUUGGAGAGAAAAAAAUGAGCUAAGUCUUAUUCAUUUCCAAGUGAUACAUAGAUUCAUUAAUAGGUGCUGAUUGAGUGACUGUUUGGGAGACUCUAAAGAAGGAUGCCUGUUUAGAAAUGAUUUGCAUUGAGGAUGAAUUAUUGGGUUGGAAAGAUUUCCCAAAAGGGCUUAAAGUCCUUCUUCUUGAUGAAGAUAUCAACUCUGCUGCAGAGAUGAAAUCAAGGCUUGAGAAAAUGGACUAUAUAGUCUACUCGUUCUGCAAUGAGGAUGAAGCUUUGACGGCAAUCUCAAGCAAAUCCGAGGGCUUUCAUGUUGCCAUUGUGGAGGUAAAUGCUGGCAACAAUGACGGGGUUCUCCGAUUUCUUGAAAGUGCCAAAGAUCUACCAACUAUAAUGACAUCAAAUAUUCAUUCUCUUAGCACAAUGAUGAAGUGUAUUGCGCUGGGUGCAGUUGAGUUCCUUCAGAAACCAUUAUCAGAUGAUAAACUCAAAAACAUAUGGCAGCAUGUAGUUCACAAGGCAUUCAAUGCUAGAAAGGAUGUGUCCAGAUCACUUGAGCCAGUAAAAGAAUCUCUGCUCUCAAUGCUACAGCUACAACUGACAAAGGGUGAAGCAGAUGACAAAAAUACAAACGGAACAGAACCUGUCACUGCAGUAGCGGAAAGCAAUACCGAACAGUCAUCGGGCUGUGAUAAAUACCCUGCUCCCUCGACCCCACAAUUGAAACAAGGAGUGCGGUCAGUGGAUGAUGGUGACUGUCAAGAUCAUACUGUCUUUUCAACUGACCAAGACAGUGGGGAGCAUGAUGGUGACACUAAAUCCGUCGAAACUACUUAUAACUAUUCACUUACUGAGAAUACUGUCCAAACAAGUCCUCCCAGGCAACACGGAGAGAUAAUUCCGAAAGAGGAGGAGAAUGGUUCAUCUCCUCAUCAAAAUAUGGAGACUGAUCUUGCUACCUCUUUACAGAGUGAUGACUGCCCUGACAAUAGCAUUUGUCAUAUUGCUGAACCUAGCAAAGCAUCUGGUCCUCAUUGUUCAAGUGGGACUAAGACCAAUAAGAAGAAGAUGAAAGUAGAUUGGACACCUGAACUACACAAGAAGUUUGUUCAAGCAGUAGAGCAGCUUGGUAUAGAUCAAGCUAUUCCUUCUCGAAUACUAGACCUGAUGAAAGUGAAGGGUUUAACGAGACAUAAUGUAGCUAGCCAUCUACAGAAAUACAGAAUAAAUCGGAGACAAAUUUUGCCAAAGGAAGUGGAAAGGAGAUGGCCUCAUCCUCAACCUAGAGAUUCAGUACAAAGGAGCUACUAUCCUCAUAAACCUAUCAUGACCUUUCCACCAUACCAUUCUAAUCAUGUCGCCCCUGCUUGUCAAUUAUAUCCUGCUUGGGUACCACCGCCAAAUUAUCCGAACAGUUUACAAGUGUGGGGUUCACCUUGCUAUCAGGGAUGGCAGCCUGCAGAGACUUGGCACUGGAAGCCUCAUCCAGAGCUGCAUGCCGAUACAUGGGGCUCCCCAGUCAUGUCAUCAUCGUUUGGAUCAUAUCCACCAUAUCCUCAGAAUGCUGGAGUUUACCAGCCUAACGGAAUGCAUAACAGAUAUAGCAUGCUAGAGAAGUCGUUCGAUCUUCAUCCGGCAGAGGAGGUGAUUGAUAAAGUAGUGAAAGAGGCAUUAACCAAACCAUCGUUGCCACUUCCUUUGGGACUAAAACCUCCUUCCACGGAGGGCGUUCUCGACGAGCUUUCGAGACAAGGGAUCUCAAUCGUCCCACCACAAAUCGACGGCUCACGUUGUCGGAGAUGAGAUGGAAGUCAUUCUAAUUUUUUCUGGGUCCCACAAGUCUAUGCCAAAAAAAAAUCCCUCUAACAUGAUGGACCCAUGCACCUUGACAGAAGCCUGACUCGACCCUGACAAGGUAGAGGCUUUGAUGUCUGAAGAAUGAAUAAAGGAAAGGUAUUGAUUGAGCCACGUGUAUGGCCUUAUUAGCCAAAAUUGGGUUGUUGUAAAUAGUGGACCCAAAUAUGGUUUCCUCUUUUUCUAGCCCAAUUUUGGACAUUCUGGGCUAUGAAUGUGUUCUGUUGAUUGCUUUGGAAAAUAAUGGAUUGGGUCAUUUUGGGGA